GUUGAGGCAAGAUACGCGGAGGGUGAUUUGUUUUCCUGCGCGCUGCCAUUGGAGGAGGUAGCAGCUGCAGCCGCAGCAGCCGGAUCAGCAACAAAAUCACCAUCCCAUGACCCGUACGCACUGGACACCAGCAUAGAGAGACCAGUGGUGUGUUCUGUCUGUUUCGCCUCAAAGGAGGGAUGCCUUUUGGUCGGUCUUAUGGAUAGGAGCGUCGCUGCGUUGCAGCUGAAGGUGAACGAAAAUGGCAUUAAGGGAGCUACAUUGCUAGGCGGGAUGAAGCUGCCAGCUGGGCCAUUUGAUGCUCGUGCUGCUGCAGCUGUGGACUCAACCACUGGUGCGCCAGCACAAGAGCAGCGGCAGCAGGCAGCAGCAAAUGCGAACCCCUUUUUCUCUUACCUGGGAACAAGCAUCAUUUUUAGCCAUCAAGAGUAUCACCGACGGCAAGAGGAGCAGCAGCAGCAACGGGAGGGUGCAGGAGAUGUGUUUCAGCUGCUGGUGGUGUACGGCCGAGGCUCCAACGGGGCUGCGGACUCUGUUCCGUAUUUAGUAGUUUGUUUGAAGGGUUCAUUUUAUGUGCAGAUGUUCCCUCUCCGCAUCCGUGAGUUGUUGGUGCAGCAGCAGCAGCAGCACCGCCAACCACCCCUGCUCGGACCCUGCCAGCAGACGCUGUGUUUCGGCUCUCCUGAGGACAUCGCCUCUGCCGUCAGCAGCAGCAGCAAUGACACCAACUGUAGCAUUAGCGGCAACGGCAACAGCAGCAGCAACAGUGGGCGUGAGUUCCGCGCGUGGCCCACGACGGACUUCACGCAGCGCUUUCUGGUGGUUGGCGUUUCAGUGAAAAGGUCGAAUGGCUGUCGUUCUUACCUGUGCGUCUUCGACACUCACCAGCAGCAGCAGCAGCAGCAAGUGUUGCCUCUGCCCUGUGUGCUGCUGAUACGUCUGCCCAUACCCCUUGUCCGUCUGGGCGCUGCUGUCCUUACGGGGGCGCCAGCAGCAGAAGGCCAGCGAGUGGAGUCCUUAGGAGGGGAGGCAGCGCUGUAUUGCUACUGCGUGUUCGUAGCAGACCAGGACAGACAGCCGCUGCAGCAACAGCAGCAACAGCUCCAGCCACAGUUGCAGCAGAGGCCAGACCUGCUCCGGGUGCACUACGUCGAGUGCACGAAACUCGCAGCCGCAGAUGGGAACUUACAGUGGCGCUUGCUGCGUCCUCCAUCAUAUGCUGCUGCUGCAGCACCAAGAGGAGCCGCGGAAACCACUGCAGUAACUGCACCGGAACUUGAGGCAACAGGAGACGAAUCACCGGACUCACCUAUUGGUGCUUCAGCUGCUGCUUCUGCUGCUUCUGAAUUAGGGAGCAGCAACAGCAACAGCUCACCAGGUCAACAGGUGGCCCCACUGGGAGAUCCCCUGGAAGGUGUUGGCAUUGCUGGCACCGAAGAAGAGAGAAGAACACGUUCGCGGUCAACAGAAGCUCCAGAAGCUUCUGCCUCUCCAGCAGCUGACCCUGCAAUUGUUAUUGCUCUCUCUGGCCCUCCUGGAGCAACAGCAACAGCGACACCCGCAACGGCAACAGCACCAGGGGGGGCGGCAACAGAAAAGAGCCCCGCGCCAUCGAGUGACCUGCUGAAGUUACUACUAAAAGGUAGCAAGGGAACAAACGGCAGCAGCAAGAACAGUGGAAGCAGUAACACCGGAGAUUCUGCUACUGUUCCUGCUUAUGCUUCCGAGCCAAGCAGCGCGAGACGUGCUCCUUCGCCCGCAGCGGCAGGUUUGCCAGCUGCCGCUGCCAGUAGCAUUGACAAUAUGAGCCCCCGAAGGAGACCAGAUGAGGCGUCACCUACUGCCCCGCCCGUGUCUGCUGAGGGGGAAGAUACAGGGAACCAAGUAGCAACACGUACUGCUACUGAUGCAAUGGCGGCAGCAACAAAGGCUACGCAGAUGUUUGCGCAAAUGCUAAUUCAACAGGGGGGACGUAAAAAAGGGAAACAACAACAGCAACAGCAGCAGCAACAGCAGCCACAACAGCAGCAGCAACAGCAACAGCAACAACAGCAGCAACAGCAACAACAGCAGCAACAGCAACAACAGCAACAACAGCAACAGCAGUCUUCGGGACCCGCACCCUCGUCCUCCAGCACGCCAGCGGAGUCCAUGCCAGCGGUCUCCUCGCCAAGAGGGAGUGCAAAAGGGGCUAUUCGUUUAGGGACUUCAAAGGUGAACAGCAGCAGCAGCAAGGAAACAACAGCAGCAAAAGCUCAUCUUAUGCGACUAGCAUAUACGUGCUGCGCUGCAAUAGCAGCAGGCGUGGACUCAGAGGGUGCUGCUGUGCAGAGCGCGGGCAGCCCACUGACCUAUGAAGCCGUUGAAUCCCUCUUUUCAAAGGCCAUGGAAGGCCUCCUACAAAGAUUCUCUGAGAGUAAGACAAUGACGAUGGGGUCACAAUCCGAGCAGCAGCAACAACGGAUGGAGUCUUCUGUAGCAGCAGAGGUCCACCGACUCAUCUCCACCCAGCUCAAGGGCGCCGUCCGCGAGGCAGUCGAAGAAGCUACAGCCACAGCUCGGCCUUCUGCCCGAGAGGAGUCAUCGGCUGCCGCGCAACAGUUCACGCUUGUGAAGCGGCUGGAGGAAAUCAAAGGUGAGCUGUUUUUUGAGCUUGAGGAGCAACUGCGCAAGCAAGUGAAACCCAUCACUAAUGCCAUAGACAGCCAGCGGCGCCAGCUCCAGCAGCAGCUCCAGCAGCAGCUCCAGCAGCAGCUCCAGCAGCAGCUCCAGCAGUUGGUGCUUCCCCUGCAGCAGCAGCUUCAGAAGAUUAACAACCAACUACAGCAACAAAACCAGCAGCAACAACAACAGCUGCGGCUACUGCAGAUGCAACAGCAGCAGCGCCAACCGCCUGCAGAUCAGCCCUUAAGCACUAAGUUGAAGGAGACAGUUGAAAAAUUGUUUAAGACUCAGGAAGGAUUUUUGGUAAAGUCGGCGUAUGUACAGAACUUCGAUACGGUAGAGAAGGGGCUGGCAGCUCUGCGUUUCCAGCUGAGGGAUUUGCGUGAGGAGGCAAAGCAGAACAUGGAACAGCAGCAGCAGCAGCAGCAGCAACUGGUGUCGUUGCAGCAGCAGGUGCACCAGCAACAGCAGAGACAGCAGCAAUUCCUCCAGCAACAGGAGCAGAUGCUAGCGCAGCUAACAACAAUUACAAAUCAGAUAUCAGUUCUCUCCUCACAAACAGCUGCAGCAGCAGCUCCUCGUCAGCUCUGCGACCGCUUGCCGGCUGCUGGAGAGGACCCUCUGGCUGUACAUGGAAUAGCAGCAGCUGCUGCCGCAGCUGCUGCGGCUGCAGAGAGAGAAGUUUCAGUACAAUUUGCAACACGCCUCGAGGCUGUCCUUGCAGAAGAUAAGAUCGAUGAGGCAUUUGGCUUGGCUAUAUCGGCAGACCUUGAGAAAGAGACGAGGGGAUUUUGGGUCAACUUUGUUUGCAAACAGCUCAAUACUGAUAGAGUAUUCGAUUCUGACACUCCUCUCCUUGGACAGGCGGCGCUUCUCGGAGUCGGAAAAGUUCUCAUUCUUGUUCAUGGCCUGCAGGCUUUCUGGCAAAUUAUACAGAUAUGCGUGCCAUAUGCUCCGGCAGAGAUAUUUUUCUAG